CCCCUCUCCAGCUCUCCUCUCCGUCACUUUCGAGCUCUUUUCAGACCGAAGAGGAGCAUAAUGGCGAAAAUGAGGGUGUCAUACGAGUACUCGGAGGCGGAGGAUAAGAGUAUCCGACUAGGACUGUUCCUCAUCGUCUGUGGCAUCCUGUCCCUCUUUAUCCUCGGGUUCUGCUGGCUCAGUCCAACUCUACAGAGCAUGCAGAGCAAACCGGCCAACUGCACGGUGGUGUCCGUGCUCAGACCGGAGGAGAUGUUCGAGUGCGUGUACGGGGCGGACUGCAAGGGGACCUCGCUGUAUCCGUGUCUGCAGAUAUUCGUCAAUAAUUCCGAAUCGAACUCCGUGGCUCUGCUGCACUUUGAUGAACAGCAACUGGUGCUGAACCAUUUAUAA